UGAUAUCUGUCAGCUGUACGGAGGGAGGGCUAUCAAGCUGUCAGAUGGUGAAUAGCAAAGCAGAGCGGUAGUGAGAAUAAUUUUAACAAAUAUGUGUUUUUAUUUCCAAUUUCAUACGCAUAGGUAAUCGCCGCGCCUAGCUUUAGCUUUAGGUUAAUUACGAACGGGGACCAGGGUCGCUACGGGUGCAUAAUGGGCUCUAGAGAUAGGGACACAAAAUCCCUUCACGACAAGUUGAAAGUGUUCUUCAAGAAGGGUGCAUCGGCGCCCGUUGCGGCUCAAAACGAGCUGGUGGUGACGGCAGAACUGCGGCGAGAGCUGGGUCCUGAGACGCCGCUUAAUCGCCGCCUCCGUGCAGUCAAGGAGGUCGGCGACAAGAUCCUUCACAUUCGUGUCCAAGAUGGUGGUGUAGAAAAAAUUUGGGCUUGUACGAGGGACCUUCUCAAAGACUCAAAUGUAGAAGCACGCCACACAGUACUUGGUUUACUAAGAUGUAUUGCUGAAGGUCAAUCAGAACUGCUUAUAAUGCGCACCAUUUUAUUCCGGUACCUGCAGGAGACGCACCUGAACCAUCCGCCAGAAGAUUAUCAACUCCGUUUUAAAUUACUUUACACUUUAACUAAUACUGGAAAGGAUAUUAAAUGUCUUGAAGAACAGAUUGGGCCAUUUUUGAUAGAAUGGCUGCCACAUAUACAAGCGCCGGCGCACAUAAAAGACUUCGUCAGUCUCAUCACAAAUGUUGUAAAAUUUAAUGCUGUCUAUUUAGACGAGGAAAUCGUUCAUGGAAUUGUUAACAAUGCAUGUCAUCUCUGCGUAUACUCUUCGGACCCAGGAGUUGUCCAGGGGUGCCUAUCGCUUCUGGAAGCGGUCGUAUCGUACUCGCUGCUACCACGCGCCGCUCUAAGGACCUUCGUCGCCGCUCUCUGCAGGACCGUCAACAUAGAGCAUUACUGUCAAAACAGUUGGAAGCUGAUGCGCUACGUGGUGGGCGCGGACAUGGGGCACGCGGCCCUGCAGGAGAUGGCGGAGCUGGUGCGCGGCGCGGGGGACGCCGAGGACGCGGAGGAGGGCGCGGGGCUGGCGCGUGGGGCCGUGUUCUACAUCAACAUGGCGCUGUGGGGGCCCCGCCGCGUGCGCACGCUGCACGUGUCCUUCCUGGCCGUGCUGCCCGCCUUCCUCAAGGCGCUGGCGGGGCGGCAGGCGGUGGUCACUUACGAAGUGGUUGUGGCGCUACAGAGCCUGGUGACGCGCGUACCCCUGGAGGUGGACGAGGUUGCCUGGGAUCUCGUGCUCGCCAUCAUCCGUGCCGUGUUACAGCAAGAUAAAAGCUUCGACCCCCCCAACGAGUUGAUCCACAGCCGCGUGCACGCGCUGAUCACCUCCAUCGAGCAGCUCCACGAGGCGGGACAGUUCCUCGGCGACGCGGACGCGCUGCUCGACCUCGUCGACUUCUGCGGACACGACCGGCCGGAGGCGUCCACCAUGCGGCUGCUGACGGAGCGCUGCGCGGCGCUGGGCGGCGCCGACGCGAGCGCGGCGCUGGCGCUGGCGGAGCGCUACGUGCGCCUGGAGCCGCGCCUGUCCGUGCGCCUGCACGCGCUGGCCUGCGUGCUGGCCUACAUCAAGCGCAACCGCUGCGGCCACGGCGAGGAGCUGGCGGAGCGCGUGGGCGGGCCCGUGGCGGCGGCCUGCGCGCAGGACGCCGAGCCGGCGCUGCGGGCCGCCGCCGCGCGCGCGCUGCCCGACCUGGCGCGCAUGUGCAGCUCCGACGUGUGCGUCGACCUCGUCGACCAGCUCGAGAAGAUCCUGAACCGCCCUUUCGAGAUGUACGUAGCCGACGUGUCGGUCCCGGCGGACGCGGACACGUCGGACUUGCGUCUGGCGGCCGUCGGGCUGCUGGAGCUGCUGCACGACAAGCUGCUGCGGGCCCCGGCCGCCCAUGCCGCGCGCGCCUUCCUCGUGCUGCUCGACCACCUCGACCAUCACUACCGCCGGCCCGCGCUGCUGCACCACCACCCGGAUAUACGACUCAAGAUUUUCGACAUGCUGUUCGCCCUCCGUGCGAACGCCUUCAACUGCGUCGGGUUCUGCUACGAAGGGGGGACGGCGGUGUACGGGGCCGCGGCGCUCCGGCUGCGGCCGCUGUGCUCGCCCUUCCUGCUGGCCGAGCCGCCGGCGCCGCGCGGCCACCAGCCCGCCAGCCAGACGCAGGGCAAGGACUUGCCGCCGGGCGCGUGCCUGCUGCCGGUGGGGCGCGCGGCGCGCACGCUGACGGCGGCGCUGACGCGCGAGGCGGAGUGGUCGGUGCUGGCGCACGUGCUGCGCGCGCUGCCGCAGCUGCUGCACGCGCGCGCGCUGGCCGUGGGGCGGCGCGCGCAGGACCUGGACCUGCUGGCGUCCACGCUGUGCUCCAUGGUGGCGGAGCGCGGCCCGGCGGGCGGCGGCCGCCUGCUGCUGUCGGAGCUGCACGCCGCGGCGCUGCCGGCGCUGGCGGCGCUGGCCUCGUACCACGCCUACCUGGAGCCGCAGACGCAGCAGCGCAUCGUGCGUUGUCUUCUCAAAUACGGAAUGGUGCUCCGCACUCCGCAGCCGUACAUAAACGCGCUGACCAUCUUCACGCUGGAGACGCGCGACACGAUGGUCAAGAUGCUGCCCGAGGUGCUGCUCGACCUGUCCAAGAUCUCCGACACGAAGGCGAUCGCCAGCCCCAUGCUAGAGUUCCUUUCUACGCUGACCCGCCUGCCGCGCGUGUUCGCGUCGUUCGUGGAGGACCAGUACAUGUCGGUGUUCGCGAUCCUGCUGCCGUACACCAACCCGUCGCGCUACAACCACUACGUGGUGUCGCUGGCGCAUCACGUGAUCGCGGCCUGGUUCCUCAAGUGCCGUCUCUCCUACCGCAGAAACUUUGUGCGAUUUAUCAUACACGGCCUGCACAACUACAUAAUAAUGCCGUUCGAGGAGCAGCUGCAGUACAAGUCCAACCACUUCCACCAGAGCGUCAACGAGGACUCGUCCAACAGGCAGAGGAGCUCCAGUCUCGGCUCCAAGGCGGUGUCUCGCGCGCCGCUCUCGGGGUCGCGCGGGGGAGCGGCUGUGGGGGGUGGGGCGAGUGCGGGGGGAGCCAGCGCACCCGCCGCCUUCCAUGUGGAACUCACCGAGACCUGUGUCGACCUGCUUGCCAGAUAUACCUUCACACCCUGCAGCGUCAAGCCGCAGAGGAGCGACACGGCCGAGUUCCUCUUCAACGGCGGGCAGUCGACCACGUGGCUGGUGGGGCACAAGCUGAUCACCAUCACCACGUCCGGCUGCUUACAGAACUCCAUCAAGCAGGGCCUGUGCGAAAGGUGCGCCACGCUGUGCCGCCAGCACGCCGACGCCGCGCCGCCCGCGCCCCCCGCGCCCGCCGCGCCCGCCGCGCCCCCCGCGCCCGCCGCCGACGACGCGCCGCAGGUGCAGCUGAACGACAACUCCGAGGCGGCCAACCAGCUGCAGGUGCACCCGCACGCGGCGCCGGAGGUCAAACGGCAGAACUCGGCGGAGAACAAGGCGAGCGACCCCGUGUACGACGCCCUCAACCAGUUCUCGCAGCGCUUCGAGAAGCUGUCCAAGGAGGUGGAGGCGGCGGGCGAGUGGUGGCGCGUGGGCGCGCUGGCGGCGGCGCGCGCGUGCCCGUGCUGGUGCGCGCGCUGGGCCGAGCUGCACGUGCGCUCGCCCACCGGCGACGUGUCGUGGCUGCUGCGCAUGCAGAACAGGAUCAGCUCGUGGCAGCUGCAGGAGUGGCCGCUGCAGGACGUGCUGGCGCUGCUGUCGCCGCCGCUCAGCGACCCCUCGAGCGGCCUCGGCGACUCCAGGCCCGACCUCAGCUCCGAAGGCUCGCCUCGCUCGUCCAGGUCGGCCUCGCAUCGCUCCCACGCACCAGAUCUCCACAAGUCCAGCUCGGACUCCGUGGUGGGCAGCGACAAGCGCGCGAAUCAGUCGGGGGGCGCCGCCACCCGCAUGAGCACGCAGCCCAUCAACAUCCCCGGCUCGCCGCAGCGGCAGAGCUCGUCCAGCACCACGGACGACGACGACAUGCUGCUCAUCGUGCCGGAGGGCAAGUCGCGGCACCCCGUGCGGCGCUCCAACUCGUCCCCGGAGAUGUCGUCGUCGUGGAAGGCGGCGGUGCGGGAGCCCGACGCGGACGAGCUGGUGCUGCUGCCGGCCGAGCCCGCCAGGGCUCCGAUGACGAUGCACACGAGCAAGAAGGUUGGCAAGAAGAGCGACAUGCGCGUAUCGUGCGAGGCCAUACCGGAGGAGAUGUGCGGCACCUCCCCGCAGCCGCACCACGCGCACCACGCGCACCACGCGCACCACGCGCACCACGCGCACCUCAUGACGUACAACUCCGACCCAGUGUUUCAAAUAGGAACGACGGGGUCCGAGACGGAAGUGGAAACGAAGCCCGAGACAAACAACACGGCCGCCACCGCGACGCACCAUCAGCUGCAGAAGACGAGCAGCGACAGUCGCGUGACGCUGGGCCACGAGGCGGGCGCGGGCGCGGGCGCGGAGGCGGAGGCGGGCGCGGGCGCGGACGCGCGCGACGAGCUGCCGCCGCUGGCGCGCUCCAAGCGCUCCAACACCAUCUCCGUCAUGAGCCCCACGCGCCGCAACCGAGAGCUGACCCGCAACCCCCCCAGCACGGGAGGGGGCGGCAGUGGUGCCGGCGGUGGAGUGUCUCCGUCCUUCGUGUUCCUGCAGCUGUACCACAACAUGAGCACCUACCCCAUCUCGCCCACCGUCCCCGGGGAGACGCCGACGGCUCUGAACCCGCUGAUGGGUCGUCCGCUGAAGGUAUCUGGCGUGCAGCACGAGCGAACCAUUAAGAACCUCGACCUAGUGCCGCCCCUGGAGACCUACAAGGUCGGUGUCCUGUACGUGGGCCCGGGACAGCAGGACGACGAGGUGGCCAUAUUGAAGAAUGAAUACGGUAGUGUGAGGUACAUGGAGUUUUUGAGGCUGCUGGGUACGCUGGUGCCGCUUGAGGGAGCCGAGGAGCCCAACCUGUUCCUCAAUCUAGAAAAGGGUGGCAAGGACGGACACUACACCUACGUCUGGAACGACGACAUCAUGCAGGUGCUGUUCCACGUGGCCACCGCCAUGCCCAGCUCGCCGCGCGACCCCAGCUGCAACGAGAAGCGCAAGUACAUCGGAAACGACUUCGUGUCCAUCGUCUACAACGACUCCGGACACGACUUCAACAUACACACGAUCAAGGGCCAAUUCAACCUCUGCAUCGUCGUGGUGGAGCCGCUCGAGCACGCCAUGAACCGCGUCACCCUCAAGAGCAAGGACGAGCGGCUGCGCGGCAAGUUCCUCGCGCACGUCGAGCCGCACUGCGUGUCCGACGCCAACGUGGCGCUGCUGGCCCGCCAGCACGCGCUGCACGCCGCGCUGGCGUCGCAGAUCUCGCAGUCGCUGAAGCUGGGCGGCGCGGCGUACGCGUCCAACUCGCUGGAGCGGCUGCGGCUCAUCAAGCGGCUGCGCGCGCGCGCCGAGGACGAGCGGCGCGCCGCCGCCGCGCGCGCGCCCGCGCCCUACGCCGCGCCGCCCGACGCGCAGCGCCGCGUCGCCAUCGACGACUUCGACGACUACGCGUAGGCCGAGUCGCGCUCGCCCGCUUAACGAUUCAUUCGGUCCCUUGGCGUUUUGAGGAGUGACGGACGCACGUUGAAAUCUAGUCACGGUAGUUGUAGAGGAGUGCUGUCGGUCGGGCCGGCCGCCUCGCUCUGAAGUUCUGUCGUCGACAGAUGCUCCGCGGGAGCCGCGCAAUGAAGGCAGCUAUAAAAAUGCCAUACUCUUUCGGUUUCGAUGACGAGUCGCAAAUGUGCGAACGACGCAUGUGUGCGGGUGCGCACACACACACACACACACACACACACAUGCUCGAACUGUCUGCACUGUUUGUGCUCGAACAUCGAAAGCUGCUUAGACUUCGACGUUGCAUAGUUUGAGUGUUCCUUAAAUGUUAGCACUGUUCGGGAUUCAAAUUUCAAUGUACAAAGCCGAAUGUGACGCAAUUCUAUACUUAAGUAUUGUGCGAGCGAGCCAGCAAUUCUGUUGAAUACAAAAAUAUGAAAAUAUCCAAAUCCCGCUAACGAUUUACGGAUCGUAACGAGAACCCUGUCGAACUUGAGACUUGCAUUAUUACUUUAUUCAAUAAAAAACAGUUCCGACGAGGUCUUUGUUCGCUCCUGUAAAUAAAUUUGAUAGAAUUGAUCGCUCGCUGCAACACUCACCAUGAUAUUUGGCCAAGGUCCGAGAUUAAAUGUUCAAUGUGAUCCACACAUACGGACGCCUGGUCUGAGACUGAGUCGAGUGUGUCAUUGAGAAUACGCGAUAAUGUAUGGCGAAUGGGGUUAAUAAUAUUAGAAAUGUAAAACUUUUAUUGGCUUAAUGUACUAUUAAAUGACAUCAAUUUGCUGAUUUUCAAAUUUUUUUUCGUACGUUACAAUAUAAAAGAGGUCCUGAUAGUAGAAGUCUUCAUGUUUAGCUUAAAUAUGUCGCCGGCAGAUAUCUUCAACUUUUUUGUACGUAAUAUAGAAUUGACAACUUGCCUACAACGAUUUUUCUAAAUGAUUAUAUAUUUUAUAUGCCAUUGGAAAUCUCGAAGAUAUCUCUGUAGACAUUUGUUCACCGACCCCAGCUCACCAUUGAGCGUCAGCUAUGCCGAGCACCUCUAUACCUGAGUCAUUUGUAUUUUAAAUAGAUCAAUGUUGAGAACGACGGAGUAAUAUGUAUUCUCAAUCAGAUACUCUAUAAUGAACGGUACUUGUCUAUAACAAAACAAAACUAUAUAUAAAAUUCACAUAAGUCAUUUUUUACAUUUUGUGAGAUGUGAUAAUAGUGUAGCGAUUAAAUACAGUAUCUUAAUACGAUAAUACAAAUAACGCUGGAGUUUUUCUACUACGCUUCGCUUCGAGACGAUCUGACCGGAGGCUGGAUUGUGAUCCCUGCGAUUCCUCCUCGACUAUAUUUUGCACAACUUUCAGUCAUUUUGAUAUCUGGCGCUGUCUGUGUUUACUGUGUUUACUGAAAUGAGCCAAUGUCAUGAAAUCAUGAUGUAUAUAUUCGGAUACUCUGUUUAUUGGUGUGUGUGAUGUAUGUACGCGUACAUUUGAAUACAAUUUAAAUAUGCCCAUUUAACUGCCUCCAGCUGAUGAUUCACUCGUUGGAAGUGACGACGAUGAAUAUAGAAACCAAAGACGUUAUGAAUUGCGCAACAGAGAUGCGUCUCAUUCGUUUAAAUUGUAAACAAAUGUCGCCCUACACAAAAACAGGUCACGUGAUUAAAAAUGUAGAUAACGACCACGCGGCGACCUGGAGCUUAACAUGCACUGGCAACUAAACUACUUACAAAUGAAUCUGAAGUAUUCGAUUCUAUUAUAUCGGAGAUUACGUUUUAUUUCGUAUUUAGGUUUGGAUAUUUAUACUCGUAUGGUCAGUCCGGCGCGAGAGCGCGUCAUACGUCAGCGGUCAGACACGCGUGACGUGCAAUCUCAGUUCGCCGGUCGCGACCAUCUGGCAGUUGAGGCAUUUCUUGUUGAAAUAUUUUAUGUAGCAAUUUAUUUCCUGACGAAAGAUUUUGUAAUCGAAUAAAUGAUGGCUAUUUU